AUGACAAAUCGACAGCAGCACAGCAGCAGUGGUCGGUCCAUUUUGCUAGUCGUAGUUUUGCUCCUGAUUGGGUGGGGCAACAAUGGACAAGCUGUUGUUGACCACAACAACAAUAACAAUGAUAACAACAAUGCGGCCAAUGGCGGCGUGGAUCCUCUGGAAGCAUCUACUUGUCCGCCCUGUCCCAUAUGUCAAGCAUCACCACCACUGUCGAAUGACAAUAAUAACAACACAACCACCACAAACCCCUUGGCGGUAAACAUCUUGGUAGUCGAUUCCAUUGGAAUCAUCAACAUGGUGGAAUGCCCGAGAUUACCAAAAAAUCAACCCUGA